AUGAAUUCCAACUAUGACACUGAUGACUUGGAGCUGGAGCACCUUCAAAGCCCUGUCUCGGUCAUUCACCUUUGUGGUUACAAGAACGAGCAAAAUGCAGGCGACGACGAUGGAAACCCACCUACCAACCACUGGGCUGCUUUCUUGCAGCUCUCUCCUAACCGAUCUGUCAGACUGGACAUGUCCCCGGGAUAUGGCAGUGAUGGGCAAAGAGGAAAGAUCAUGGUAGCCUCAAAGAGAUACCCAUUGACCAACAAUGCGAGCAAGACUCUGGCCUUCCGGGUGAACGGCAUCGUCAGUGUCCAAAAUAUCGUGGACCUGAUCAACUCUAAGGGGCGUGACCGGUAUAAGUUCACCGUCGAGUGGGAAGGAUGCAGAUUCUGGGUCUAUACUGUGACAUCGGACUUGGAAGCGGCGGGGAUUGUGCCGGCGGGAAGCGCUAAAGCUACCUGGGAUGCUGUGUCCCUGUACUGGCGUCACCCCACCGGUUCUGAACCGAGACCCGUCAAGCAAGGAAUGUUCUACUGA